GCCAACUUUCACCUAUAUAAACGGCGCGAAAGGCAACAGUUUGCAUUUAUCUGUGUGAUUUAAGUGUCCUUUUUUUUUUGGUAUUUUUUCAUUGUAUCGAUAAGCUCGUACUUCGCCGCCGACCACCGGAGAUCGGAGGCGCAUUUUCCGACGCGCGUACGGACGUGGAGGCAGAGAAGCGAAACGAUGAAGAUUUUCGUGAAGACUCUCAAAGGAUCGCAGUUCGAGAUCGAAGUGAAACCUAACGACGCCGUGGCAGAUGUAAAGAAGAACAUUGAAACAGUUCAGGGUUCUGGUGUCUACCCAGCUGCUCAGCAGAUGCUUAUCUAUCAAGGGAAAGUUCUUAAGGAUGAAAGUACACUAGAGCAUAACGAAGUUGCUGAGGGAAGUUUUGUUGUGAUUAUGCUGACUAAGAAGAAGAGUUCACCGAGUGGAUCUGCAUCUGCUGCACCAUUGAGUACGGUGCAACCUGCAAGUGGCACUCCAGCUGUGCAACCAAUUGCAGCUGCUUCAACACAUCCAUCUACUAUUGCACCUCAACAAUCAGAUCCUGAAUCUGCUCCAGCAGCUGCUCCUGCUCCUAACCCUGCUUUCUCAAUAGACAUCUAUGAUCAAGCGGCAUCAAAUCUUGUAGCAGGAACUAACUUGGAGGCUAUUGUUCAGCAGAUCCUAGAUAUGGGUGGAGGAAGCUGGGACCGGGAUACUGUUGUCCAUGCAUUACGCGCUGCAUAUAAUAAUCCGGAGCGAGCUGUUGAAUACCUCUACUCUGGUAUUCCAGAGCAAGCAGAAGUUGCUCCUGAUGCUCAACCUCCUGCUGGCGCGCAGCCUGUGGCCACUUCAAUCGAUGAUACACAGCCAGCUGUACCUUCCGGUGGACCAAAUGCUAAUCCUUUAGAUCUUUUCCCACAGGGUCUCCCAACAAUGGGCUUAAAUGCAGGUGCUGGCAGCUUGGAAUUUCUUCGCAAUAGUCAACAGUUUCAAGCCCUGCGAGCUGUAGUCCAAGCCAAUCCCCAAAUCUUGCAGCCUAUGCUUCAAGAGCUGGGAAAGCAAAACCCUCAGCUGGUUCGGUUGAUUCAAGAACAUCAGGCUGACUUUCUGCAGCUAAUGAAUGAACCUGUUGAGGAGGGGGAAGGGAACAUAUUAGGGCAACUUGCUGAAGCAAUGCCACAGGCCGUCGCUGUUACGCCGGAAGAGGGUGAAGCAAUUGAACGUCUCGAGGCAAUGGGUUUCGAUCGUGCAUUGGUAUUGGAUGUAUUCUUCGCGUGCAACAGGAAUGAAGAGCUUGCGGCCAACUACCUAUUAGACCACAUGCACGAGUUUGAUGAGUGAAAUUUUGCUGAUUUCUUCUCAUGUACAAUCAUUUUUUUUCUUCUUCUUGCUCGGUAUUAAUAUAUUUCCCAGAGGGCCUUCUAUAAGUCAUAGUAUUGGAACAUUUUUCCCAGUUGAACAUUUAGACUUUGCAUUCAUUUCUAGUAGCUGAGGCAAUUUUAUCUUCUCUUAUUGAAUUCAACUGUAAGAUUGCUGAAAAAUCAGUAUCACUGCGAUUAUCUGUUGACA